CGCGCCGCCAGGGGCCGCCGGGUACUCGCGCUCGCGGGGCCGGGAGCACGCGAGAGACCCGCGCCUUCCCCGCUGCUGUGGCGGGCAGGUCCGCGCGGGAGCGUCCGGCGGCCUCCGGAGCCUGAGGAAACCGAAGCAGCAUGUACCAGGGACACAUGCAGAAAAGUAAAGAACAAGGAUAUGGAAAACUAAGCAGUGAUGAAGACCUCGAAAUAAUUGUUGAUCAGAAGCAGGUAGUAGGUGUAACCUUGAAGAAAAAGUGGCACUGUCUUCAAAAAAGUGACCUGACCCUGGCUUUGGGAAAAGGCUCUAGGGCGGCAGAUAAGGCUGUUGCCAUGGUGAUGAAGGAGAUACCGAGGGAGGAGUCUGCAGAAGAAAAGCCCCUCCUUACUAUGACAUCACAGCUGGUGAAUGAGCAACAGGAAAGCAGACCCCUCCUGAGUCCCUCCAUCGAUGACUUUCUCUGUGAAACCAAAUCGGAAGCAAUAGCAAGGCCAGUAACAUCCAAUACAGCUGUAUUGACCACUGGCUUAGAUCUCCUCGACCUGAGUGAACCAGUCUCUCAGACCCAGACCAAAGCCAAGAAGUCAGAGCCCUCAUCAAAAACCUCAUCCCUCAAGAAAAAGGCUGACGUAGCUGGCCUCAUCGGCACGGAUGCUGAGCAGAGAGGCCAACCUCUCAGAGCCCCGGAGACUUCAUCCUUAGAUCUAGACAUUCAAACACAGCUGGAAAAGUGGGAUGAUGUGAAGUUUCACGGAGAUCGAAACAGCAAGGGACAUCCAAUGGCAGAGAGAAAAUCGUGCUCAUCUAGAACUGGAUCAAAAGAGCUCUUAUGGUCCUCAGAGCACAGAUCUCAACCAGAACUGAGUGGUGGGAAAAGCGCCCUCAACUCUGAGUCGACUUCAGAGUUGGAAUUAGUGGCUCCAACUCAGGCUCGACUCACCAAAGAGCAUCGCUGGGGAAGCGCAUUACUCUCUAGAAACCACUCCUUAGAAGAAGAAUUUGAAAGGGCAAAAGCAGCAGUGGAGUCAGAUACAGAGUUUUGGGAUAAGAUGCAAGCAGAAUGGGAAGAAAUGGCUCGGAGGAACUGGAUAUCUGAGAACCAAGAAGCCCAGACCCAAGUAACCAUCUCGGCUAGUGAGAAGGGAUAUUACUUUCACACUGAAAACCCAUUCAAGGACUGGCCUGGAGCAUUUGAAGAAGGUUUAAAAAGGCUGAAGGAAGGGGACCUGCCAGUCACCAUCCUGUUCAUGGAAGCAGCAAUUCUUCAGGACCCUGGAGAUGCAGAGGCAUGGCAGUUCCUCGGGAUAACCCAGGCAGAGAAUGAAAAUGAACAAGCAGCUAUUGUCGCCCUCCAGAGGUGCUUAGAAUUGCAGCCCAACAACUUAAAAGCACUGAUGGCUUUGGCCGUGAGUUAUACUAACACUGGCCAUCAGCAGGAUGCCUGUGAAGCUUUGAAGAAUUGGAUUAAGCAAAAUCCAAAGUACAAGUACCUUGUGAAGAGCAAGAAGGGAUCUCCAGGCCUCACCCGGCGGAUGUCUAAGUCCCCAGUUGAUAGCUCUGUUCUGGAAGGAGUGAAGGAAUUAUAUCUGGAAGCUGCCCACCAAAAUGGAGAUAUGAUCGACCCAGACCUACAGACAGGUCUAGGGGUCCUGUUUCACCUGAGCGGAGAAUUUAACAGAGCAAUAGAUGCAUUUAGCGCUGCCUUAACUGUCCGGCCGGAGGACUAUUCACUAUGGAACCGUCUCGGGGCGACCUUGGCGAAUGGAGACCGCAGCGAGGAAGCGGUGGAGGCCUACACGCGAGCGCUGGAGAUCCAGCCGGGCUUCAUCCGGUCCAGAUACAACCUGGGAAUCAGCUGCAUCAACCUGGGCGCCUACAGAGAAGCGGUCAGCAAUUUUCUCACUGCCCUCAGUUUGCAAAGAAAGAGCAGGAAUCAACAGCAAGUUCCUCAUCCUGCAAUCUCUGGGAACAUCUGGGCUGCCCUCAGAAUUGCACUCUCUCUGAUGGACCAACCAGAACUCUUCCAGGCAGCUAAUCUUGGUGACCUGGAUGUCCUCUUAAGAGCUUUCAACUUGGAUCCUUGAAGAAAGAAUAAUACCAGUACUAAUAAUCUUCGAUCUGUGUAAUUGUACUGAAAAAUGAAAAACUAUUUUAUUAUGAAUUUCAAAAGGAUAAAUCAAAUAUUCAAAAGGCCAUGGUCAUAUAGCCCAAGCAAAUUAAUUCCUAUAGACAGUGCCCAGUCUCUGUUCAGAUCCAAAAGCACAAAAUGUUGUCUGUAGCGUCAAGGUCAGGCUCAGAGGAAGAACUGAGAGCUGAAGAAAGUGUGUGGAAUCCUCUGCACAAGUUGCAGGCAUAUUGCGACACGCGUUCUUUGGGUUUCUCUCUUCACUUGCAGCUGACGCCACAUCCGAGGAGCUUGUUCAGGGAAACCUGGAGAGAGCACUGCUUCAGACUGGGGAAACCUGACUGUUUCUGAACUGUCUCCUUUUGCAAGACUGAGCAUAGCUGGGGCCACUGGUGCAUGCACAUAUAUUAACUCGUGACUAAAGACAGGCAUUGCUUAAACCUGUUCCAAUUUUAACUUUUACUGUAGCCCUUGAUUCCAGAGAGGGAGCUUUGCUGGCAAAAGCAGUUUUUGCACUAGAAAUUUUUGCUGUUCCCAAUCUAAACUUUUCUGGGAUUGUAUAUAUGCACUUUAAUAUCUUAUUUAUGCCUUGCUGGAGUUCUGUUUCGUUGCUCCAAUUUUUAACUUGGGGGUGGAAGAUUUGAGAACUCAGCCUCAUUCGAUCAACGGACCAAAUAAACAAUUCCUGAAAAUAGUUUUUCAUAGUGUAGGGUUUUGAAGGAAUGUUUUUCUUAAAGCAGAUAUGAUGACAUAGGUGUAAAUGUGGCAAACAGAUCUUUUCAUGCACAUGCUUUCUGGGACUGUAUGAACAGAAGUAAGACACAAGGUACUACUGUCUCUCCACGCAUUCUCUGCAGGGAGAAAGUCUGGUGAUCUCGUGAUUUCUAUUGAGUUCAGUUUAACUUGCUUUAUCAUCAUAUUUUACUGGCUUUAUAACUGCCCUGCACACCAAUAUUCCUUUUAAACCACACAUAUUUUAAAUCAUAUUUAUUAAGAGUGAUAAAUAACAUUUUUUCCUAAAAAUUAUGUGUUCUUGGUUUCAUAAUAAUCUGCACUGUUUAUCCCCUUGCAUUCUAAGUGACAGAAGAGCAACAUCUUCAGACUGAAUCUCACUGGAUGCCGGUGAUUUGAUAUGAAAGCGCAUGCUCUUUGGCUCUCUGAGUAUUUAGCAAGUAUCGGGAAUUUUCUAUUGGCAGUGGUGUUUUAACUGGAUAAAUUCCACUUAGUUUCCAGAAUGUUUUUAAUGUGUUUGGGGCUUGGUGAUUAUUUUAAAAAAAUAAUUUUUUUUUAAGAAUGAGGAACACUGUUUGCAAAAUGCUAAUCGAAAUACAGUUUUGCCAACGUCAGGUCUGGAAAGUUAGCCCAUUCUUUUUGACGUCGUCUCCUUCCUUUGUCUAGAACCUUCCCCAAGGUAGUCUGACCCUAACUUUGCUUUAUGUUCUUUGGUUAGUAAUCUCAUUCCACUCAUGAUUAUAGUUGCCCACUGGAAAACAAAACAACAGCAACAAAAACUCCACAGAAUUGGGGUCAAAACAGUCUAACUGCCUGAGUGAUCAGCUUCUCCUGAGAGGCAGGUGUGCACAUGCGUAUAAAUCGAAUGCUAGGUGCAGUAAUAAAUCCUCUCCUCUGUUACAUUUGAAGUCCCUGGGUUGUGAGGGGGCCUCAGCUGAACAGAAACCACAGAUCCCGGAGGGUUAUGUAUGUUAUAAGCUAUUCUAGUUCAUAAAGACAAAGCGCUGAGGGCACUGUGGGAAUGCCGGGUUUUGAUACUCAUUGUCAAAGCUCACUUGGGCCAGGCAGUAGCUCCAGCUGCUCAGCAGAAGGCAAAGGGAUUCAGGCAUCCUCAAGGGCAGCAGCGACCAUCCAGUCUCAGCCUGUGCUUCUCUACCAUCUCAGCAGCAAAGUGAAGCUCAACAGUAUUUUCAAGAAUGGCAUCUGAGAGUUGUAGAAUUUGAGAAACUCAGUCCGGUAAGGACUCUUGGAGACAGCCUCCAAACCACGGCAGGGGCUGCUUGACUAUGCCUGAUGGAAAAUAUGCCUGACGGAAGAGCAUCCUUUCCCCCCCUGCUCCUUCCUCCGACCGUCUCCAUACCUUGACCAGCAAGUCAGCUUCAAUAGUCCACGAGGAUUCUCUGAACAAAGGAUUCGAAGCAAACUCUGCAAGAGUUCUGUCCGUGAUGCCACUCUACACUUCGAGCAGCAACUGAAUUUGCAGCCUGAAACUAGUAUAAAUGUCAAAUAAUUAAUUUGUUGCUAAAUGGCGGCAAAUUCUAGGGCCCAGGUUUGAUUUUGCUAUUGGAACACAAACUCCAAGGAGCUGUUUUAGGGAAGACUAGACAGUCUUCCGUUCUCACCAUCAUUUGGCAAUUUGCAGAGCACUUUACUAGGACUUUCGCCAGUAUAUCUAGUAUCCGUCAGAUCUAAGAUUUUUAUAGGCUGUCAAGAAGUCCAGAAUUACAGCCCAAGAGGAAAACAGUUGCAUUUUUUAAUAAAAUCUUUUAUAAAAUUAAGUAAAAACCAUUAUUUAAAAAUGAGCAACAGUUUAUAGGAGCACCACCAAAAAAUAAGUGACAAGACUUCAGAACAGUCUUUUUGUAUAAAUCAUGUAUAGCAAAUGUUUGGUUUUUUAAAAGGGCAUCUACUUUAUUUUUUGGCAGAACUAUUUUUGGUGUGGCAUAAGAUUGUCAUUUAAAUUACUCUUUCCAUUUGAAAGGGGGGGAAUCCUUAUAUCCCUUCUGAGGUACUCUGAGAAGGCUUGCGUUUCCUUUCUCAUGUAUUAAGGCAUAACAGCCUGACAGCUCCUAGAAGAUGAUUUUUUACUAGAAUGGCCACUCAGUUACAUAGACGUUACUUUCAGGGGCUGACUUUGCCUGCAAAUUGGAUGAAAACAUAGAGAAAGCCAGUGAUCACUGCUGAGUUUCAAAACAUGUUAUAACCGUUUCUGGUACUAAUUCUAUGGGCUGCUGUACCUUCCUGGUGAGGAGGAGGCGGAGGGAUGGGGAGAGGAGCAGGAAUAAAGAUCCCUCUUACUGGGCCAAUCAUACUGAUUGAUUCCCUUUACUUCCUCCAGAACUCACUCCCCAUGACUACUGAAAACCAGGCAGAUCUUGUCCACCAAGAAACUUUAAUAGAAAACGAUGAGCUGUGCUUUCCCAGCCAAUCUGGGAGAACUGAAAAGCGUGGAAACGUAACUGGACAGGAAUGUCCGCUUAUGUUUCACACACUCACUCUCAGAGUUUCAUGCCACUUCCCUCAUUCUUCUAAGAGAACUAUGAUAUUGAAUCAUGGGCCCCAUGUCUAAAUACUUGUAUAGAUAAAUAUUUCUGGUAUAUUCUUGCCAUACAAGUGAGACUAGAGCACAGUUGCAGCUAGUCCCACUUAUCAUAACAGCUUCCAAACUCUUUAUCAUAAACUUUGUGAGCUUGGGAAUAUAGAGAAAGCAAGUUGAUCAUGCUGAGACCUUUUCUUAUUUGCUGCUGAAUCCAUUCCUCAAGAUUGGACUGGACUUCAAGUUAGCUGUUGUAGAAGUGGUGGUUGUUUCAUAUCUUGAGAUACUUCUAGAACAUUCUAGAAACAGGAUAUUCUAAAGGCUUACUUCAGAUUCCAUCCUUUUUGAACCCUCUUAUUUUAGAAAUGAUUACACCUGCACACUUAUGAUUUCAACCUUGUAAAAUAAUUUCAAAUUCAUUUCUUAUCCACAUUUUACUCUCGUUUCCCUAUCAUCUCAGUAGUUACAGAACCGGCUGAAAUUAAACUGUUUUGAACUAAGAAGUAGAUACAUAUAUAUAUAUAUAUAUUUUUUUUUUUAAAGAGUGUUCAUAGAUAAAUUCUGGCAUAAAGGUUGUAAAAAAGCGAUUUUUUAAAAGCAAAACAUAUAACCUCAGGUACAAAAAUAUUGCAUGCACUAGUACUUGCAAAUCUGCCUACUCAAAUAUUAACCAAAGCAUGCAAGAUAACUUGACUGAAUGUAAAUUUACACAGUGCAUGAUUAAGUCUUACAGGUUAGCUCAUUGUUCCUUGCCUCUAUACAAGGGAGCAUUUUUGUGGACUAUGCUUUUCUUAUCCUAUCCUUGAGAUCGUUUUCAUGCUGUCACACUGAACUUGGCAGAUAUUCACACAUCUGGUUUGUACAGGGUUCCCAGGGCCAAAGUAAUCCUCUGAAGAAUCUGGGUACUUAGACAUCUAAACACUUCUUUAAAAACCAGUUGAGCCACAACAGAUCCAAAACCUAAAGAAAUCCAAGUGUCUGGACACUGCUAAACUAAAUCCUGUUGACUGUCUCAGCAUAUAAAGACUUGGACUCUAAAUUCUUCAUAAUGCAUUUCAAAAUUUUUCUAAAAGUUUAGGAAUACAUUAGAAAAGCUGAUAUUCUAAAUAAAGUGAGGAGGUUGGGGUAAUGUCAGGCACACCAAAAUCAUCACACAGCCAGGUAGAUAUGGGGCCUUAAUUUCCGCAAAUGUCACAUCAUGAGUGUGUGAGGUGUCACAACGUUGUCUGAUGCAGCCCUAUUUGUAUGGUAGUUGAACUGCUUGGGCCAAAUAUCCCAUGAGAAACUGGACUUGAUCACCAGGUCUAAAAACAUGUGAUUUAGGGAGUGAUGAGGUGAUUUCAUGUCACUCACAACCAACUCUGAAAUCCUCUUACUGCCUUCUCCUGUAACCCCGAUUUUAUAAGGAGACCAGAAAGGGAGAGAGCAGAGCUCAGUGAGACCACAGGGUCUUAUGUUAGAAACCGCUCUGUUCCUCAUCCAUACACCCCAGUACCCUCACACCCAUACCAUAAGCUCAAAGACAGAAUUCUACACAGUCACACAUAGCAAAGAUCCCUGUGAGGAGGCAUUAAACAGUUAAAGAGGAGAAAAACAGAAACUUAAACCUCGAGGUUUAACAACCUCUUACGUGGCAUUUUGCCUUGAAGUUUCCCCUCCCUGCACCCUCUGCAGAAAUACCACAAUAACACAGUCCAGAGACAAGUGUGCCAGUCUCAGAACUGUUUUCUGAGGACCUUCUCUGUAAGAGAAAACUAACUUGCAGUGCUGCAGAAUGUCACAGCAAAACCUGAUGAGCAACGUGGGAUACUUUCAGAAGCCUGCACUCAAAACAAUAUUCAGAUGGAAACAACAGUUAGGCAGGUCUUUGCCCAACUGUAAAAUGUGUAUCAUCCUUUGGGGGAGUGGUGGUGGUCUUCAAAUUUCUUGGAAAGGGAAAUGGUGUCACACAAAAAGACUAAGAGGUAUGCACACCCGACGAGGUAAUGCAAGUAUUUGGCAUUUUCACUGAGAUAUAGAAUGUUUUUUGCAUGGAUACCACACAAGAACUCUGCCACGUGAAAAAUGUGUCCAUGAUGGACUACAUUACCAGUAGUUAAAGGAAAUACAGCAAACCUAAGUUUUUACCAACUUCCUUUCAUUUUCUGCAUAUAUCAUCUAACCUGAACUUUCUUCAAUUCGCAUUGCCCAAAUUUGUUUACAUUGGUUGAAAAAAAACCCAUUAUUAUUAAACUUUUUACAAACUGUAACAAACAUUUAACUAUUUAGAAAAGACAUUUCUAUAUAUUUUGUAUAUCUAUGAGUAUUACUUAUCUAUUCUAAAAAUGUUGUUUUCAGACAAAGUGUUCUGUGAUGCUUCCUCAUCAUGAUCACAAAUGUUUAACAUCUUGGGAUUUCAUUUUCAAGCUGAAAUAGAUAACAAAAAAUUAAGUUUAAAUGUUUACAUUAGGUUACUAAAUUAACACCAAUUCAAAUUAAGUGACCUAUAGUAAAUUAAUGGCAGUGGGGGGUAGAUCUUAAAGUUAUUGGCAUAUUAUGUGAUACUGUAUCAGUGAUGUAGUGAGAUCAGAUGUAUCAUAGCACAACUGUUGAGUAUCAAGGCUUCAUCUUAGUAUUUCCCUGCAUCGCUCUUUGAAAUAAAAUUACUACCGUAAAAUAACCUCAUCAUAUCCAUGUGUUUACUCAGUUGGCUUCUAUUUUGCGUACCGAGAUUAAGGUAGUAUUUUCAUACUAUUAUUGGAAGCAUGCCUUCCCUUUUUCACAUUAUUAAAUUGUAUUUAUAUUUGUGCAAUUUUAAACUAUGGUUUCAAAUAAACUGCGGCUUCAGGGUCUUUUCAGGAAUCUUUCAAAAUGGGAUUUGGGGAUCAGAACUGCUUCUGAUUAAAUGGAAUCCAAUUUGUACUAGCGGCUAAAGGUCCUUUUUCUGAAUGUCACUACAUAUGAUUUUGCAUGAGUUAUCUGGAAAUCAGGAAUGCAUUUUUGGAUAUACAACAAAACUUUAAAAAUCUUCCUCCUUUGUUAAUUUUUUAAGACUAAAAUAUUAUCUAACCUGAAAUUGAAUUUUGUGAUUCUUUUAGAAUAAAAAUAUUAAAAUAAA